AUGAGUUUCUGUACCGCCAUGCAACGUCCUGUGACAUCAUCCGCCACACUGCUCCGAUGGGCAAAGCCCUCGGCGGCACGUCUGCGUACUUUCUCAUCAUAUGGAAACGCUCACCUAUCUUCCAAGCGGGAUAUGCAAACCGCAACCGCCUACCGUCCUCAUUCAUUCCCAUCCUUCCCGCCACCCCGAAGCACCGGCGGCGCCGACACUUCUAUCUCUGCUGAAUUCCCUCCUUCCGACAUGAAAUCCCACCAGAACACAUCACAAAACACAUUGUCUAAUGUGAGUCUACGGGAAGGCGAAGCGCAAAAAUCGAAGCCGACUUCCGCUUCUCCGUCCGCCUCCAAGACUUCCUCGAAGCCUCGUCGACCACUUCGGGCAAGAAAGGCAGCCAUGAAGCUGUCCCCAGUGGCCACCGAGCAGCUUCGGAAAUUGAUGGCACAGCCGGAGCCGAAGUUCAUUCGAGUGGGUGUGAAGAACCGUGGCUGCUCCGGCCUCGCCUAUCACCUGGAGUACGUGGAGAAGCCAGGAAAAUUCGAUGAGGUAGUCGAGCAGGAUGGGGUGAAAGUCUUGAUCGACAGCAAGGCCCUGUUCAGUAUUAUCGGCAGCGAAAUGGACUGGCAAGAGGACAAGCUGAGCAGACGAUUUGUUUUCCGCAACCCCAACAUCAAGGAAGAAUGUGGCUGCGGCGAAUCUUUCAUGGUUUAA